UUUCGGCUACUUCCCGUGUGUGCUUGUGUCAUCAGCGCUCGCCAGAAACAUUUCUUCUUCACCGGCUCCUAAAACUUAGCUGAAAUGUUUUUCCCUCGCUGGUUCGAACUGUGCUGCCACUGCAGCCGUGUAGUUUCACGCCGUGGGUUUCCGUGGGGGACCCCGAAGGACCACAGCGGGCUAAGACCUGCUAACUUUACAGAGGUACAGCUACGGGGUACCAAUGCAGUCCCAAAACGCCUUUCACAUUGUGAUAUAGGGGAUUUGUACAACAUCAGCUCAGUUCAGAGGUAUCUACAGAAACUGAUGGAGGAACACAGAGAACUAAGCCGCAAGUUACAACACAAUCAGCUCCGCGAUUCAGACAGGAAAGCGCUGCUAAAGAAGCACACAGAGCUGCUGCCUGUUGCUGGUCUGUUUGGAAGCAUUGAACAAGCCCAGAAAGACUUGGAAGAAGUCCUUUCGCUUCUGCACACUGGUACUAAAGAUGAAGAUCAAAACCUGAUCCAGCUGCUCAGAGAGGAGGAGGCGCAGAUCUGCAGCAACAUUCUGACCUUGAGAAAACAUUUAAUCAAAGCUCUUGUGCCCGUUGACCCUCUGGACCCAAGCGACGUUGUGCUGGAGAUUGUCUCAGGACGAACAACAGGAGGUGACAUCUGCCAGCAGUUCACCAGGGAAAUGUUUGACAUGUACCGAGGCUUUGCUUGUUACAAGAACUGGAAUUUUGAGGUUCUGAAUUACUCGCCUGCAGAGUACGGUGGACUGCACCAUGCGGCAGUCAGGAUAGCCGGGGAUAAUGUGUACAUGCACCUGAAACAUGAAGGAGGAACGCACCGGGUUCAGAGGAUCCCUGAGGUGGGCCUCUCAUCCAGGAUGCAGCGGAUCCACACUGGAACUAUGUCGGUCAUCAUCCUGCCACAGCCAGUUGAGUUGGACGUCCACAUUGACCCAAAGGAUCUGCGGAUCGACACGUUCAGAUCACGAGGCCCUGGUGGCCAGGGCGUUAACACAACAGACAGCGCCGUGCGGAUAGUUCACCUUCCUACAGGAAUAGUGUCUGAGUGCCAGCAGACGCGCUCGCAGCUGCAGAACAGAGACACGGCCAUGCGCAUGUUGAGGGCCAGACUCUACCAGAGCAUGAUGGGCAAGGAGACCGAGCAAAGGCACAUGGCGCGAAAGCAGCAGGUGGGCACACGCAACCAGGCAGAGAGGAUUCGCACCUACAACUUCAGCCAGGAUCGAGUCACCGACCACCGGACAGGAUACACCACCAGAGACAUUAAGGAGUUCAUGAGAGGAGGGGAGGAGCUGGAGGAGCUGAUGACAGACCUGCUGGAGCAUUCUGAGCAGGAGGCUCUGCUGGAGGCGGUAGAGAUCUUUGUGACCGGACAGUCUGCAGACUGACGGAUGGAUGGACAGACAAGUAGGGUAGCUGGACUGAUUAAUGAAAAAAUAGACAAUGAAAAAUUAAGUAAGGGUGCACCGAUAAAUUGACGUGUUCAUUUAAUAAGUCGCCCCAUUGUUGCUAACUCAGCAACCAUUUAUACAAAAAAAAAUUUGCAUUGACCAAAAUCAUAAUUGGCAGGUCAGACUUCUUAAAGAUGGAUGAUCGGCCAGAAAACUUCAAUCAGUGAACCUUUACAAACGGGUGAGUGGAUGGACAGAAGAUGUUUGGAAAGGUGGAGGAUGCAACUUUUAAACUACCAUAUUCCAUUUGCUCCAUGCUUAUAACUGGUCAAUGAAAUUCCAGACCGAGUGGAUACUUCUCUCCAUCACCUCUGGAACCAGGCCUGCCACAUCAGGAUGCAUGUCUCCAUGCUGCUGCGUCUGUUUUUUUGGUAAUAAAGAUGGAUGAUCGGUCAGAAAACA